AGGACACCAUAUGGGGUGACGCUGUAGUCCAAUAAUUGCAAGGGAGUAGAGACCGAACUAAACAAAAAGAAGAAACUCAGAAAAGAAAGAAAUCAAAGCAAAGAAGAAGAGCAGAGCAGAGUAGAUGAGCAAAGAGAAUCUCUGAUACAAAGACCAGACAGUUUGUAUCCUCCGCCAAUAGCUUAACCUUAAAAAGGCACGUGAUUCUUCUUCGAUUCUCCCUUUUCUAUUUUUUUCUAUACUUUUGUCAAACUAUGGGUUCAGAAGAAGUACCAGUUUCAUCAUCGUUAAGAAGAAGGAAUUCAUUUCCAUCAUCAAUGGUAUUAGAUAUACCUAUUCAGUUACAAAGCUCAAGUUAUCCAAACGGAGAUAAUGUAUCAUCCUCACUUGAUUUUGAGUUAUUUUCAUUCAAACCAUCAUCAUCAUCACAAGAUGAUAAGUAUACUUCAUUAAAAGAUCUAAUGCCAUAUUCACUAUCAGCAGCAAUUCAAUCACCAACUGGUUCAAUGAUUCUGCCUUGUUAUGAGAUUUCCAUUAGGAAUCGUCUUGUUAAGCAAGCAGCUUGGGCUUAUUUACAACCUAUGUCUUCAUCACCAGGUUCUUCAGAAAAUUCUAUCAGACGGAUGUGGUUUAGAUUUGUAAAUCAGUAUGUCAAGAACCCGAUUAAUGGUUGUUUAGAUUAUAUUAAACGGCGACUGAUUCCGAUGGUUUCUCGUGUUUUUAAUCGAUUAAUUGGUUCAAUUUGGUUAUGGGGUAGCCCGGGACAAUAAAUGAGCUUGGAAGAUUUUCGGGAGAAGAUCGAGGAAUUGCAAGGGAUGAGCUUAUUAUAUUGAACUUGGGCAUGGUAUAAAUAUUUUUGGAGGUGCAAAUUGAAGGCAGGCGCUCACAGCCGCCCCUGCUUUGGCCAGUUGUUUGUAUAUGAUUGGAAAAAAUAUAGUCAAAUAAAUAGACACAAUAAAGAUUCUUCCUUUUUCUCACUUUUAAUGGUGAUUAUCAUGUGUCCACUGCCCACUAGAUAUCUGACGCGGUUCAUGAUUUGGAAAAGGAAAAUUUUUUGAUUAUAUGAAUGAAUAGAUUAAUGUAUUACAAAAACAAACAAAAAUAUUUGGAAACAAAAAAGAGAUUUUUACAAUAUACAGAAACUACUAUACUGAAA